GUAAACAAUGUGCAGAGCAAAUGAAGGAUACAGUGGGAGCUAACUGUGGAUGCUCUUGGAUUUAACAGUCGCUGCCUGUAAAAACAAAGAUUCAGUCAAACUUAUGGCGUGAAGGGCCCGUUCUUGGCCUUCAUCACUCACAGCUAAUGGAUGUCUUUACCCAGUAUGCCUACAAUGACAGCUUCUACGAUAACGGAACAUGGAGCUUCAACGGGACGGAUCAAGAGCAGAAGCACCCGUACAACUACUACGCCAUGCUGCUGACUCUGCUCAUCUUUGUCAUCGUCUUCGGCAACGUGCUGGUGUGCAUGGCCGUGUCCAGGGAGAAGGCUCUGCAGACCACCACCAACUACCUGAUCGUCAGCCUGGCUGUCGCUGACCUUCUGGUGGCCACGCUGGUUAUGCCCUGGGUCGUCUAUUUAGAGGUGGUGGGAGAGUGGCGCUUUAGCAAGAUCCACUGUGACAUCUUUGUCACUCUGGAUGUGAUGAUGUGUACAGCCAGCAUCCUCAAUCUCUGUGCCAUCAGCAUCGAUCGUUACACAGCGGUUGCAAUGCCAAUGCUGUACAACACUCGCUACAGUUCCAGGAGACGGGUCACAGUAAUGAUUUCUGUGGUGUGGGUGCUGUCUUUCGCCAUAUCAUGUCCCCUGUUGUUUGGCCUGAAUAACACAGCUACUCGUGAUGAGUCUCUCUGUGUGAUCGCCAAUCCAGCCUUUGUGGUAUACUCUUCCAUCGUGUCCUUCUAUGUUCCCUUCAUCAUCACUCUGCUGGUUUAUGUGCAAAUUUAUGUGGUCCUGAGGAAGCGCAGGAAACGCGUGAACACGAAACCAAAGCAGCGCCUCUGUCAGGCCGUUGACACUGAUGUGGCCACUUCGCUGAAGGAUAAGUGCACUCAUCCAGAGGAUGUGAGGUUGUGCACCAUGAUUGUGAAAUCUAAUGGGAGCUUUCCUGUCAACAAGAAGAAAGUGAUAUUCAUCAAAGAUGGAGUCAACGAAGGGGAAGAUCUGGAGCUGGACGAGCUGAACAACAGCGGCAGCAGCCAGAAGCAGAAGCAGCAGCCGCAGUGUGCUCUUGGGGACACUCCUGCCACCAGCCACCAGCUACUGAUGCCCAACAAGGCCAACGCCAGCCCCACCUCCACACCUCCCACACCCCCUGAGGAGGGCCAGAAAGCAGAAAAGAAUGGAGAUCCUUCUCCAGAGGGUCUGGGGGAUCCGGCUCCCGUCGUGGCCAAAGCCUUCCAGACGCAGGCGUUACCUAAUGGCAAGACUCAGACCUCUGUAAAGGCCAUGAGCAAGAGGAAGAUCUCCCAGCAGAAGGAGAAGAAGGCCACUCAGAUGUUAGCCAUCGUACUCGGUGUAUUCAUUAUAUGCUGGCUGCCAUUUUUCAUUACGCAUAUCUUGAACACCCACUGCACAAAAUGCAAGGUUCCCGCUGAGAUGUAUAAUGCUUUCACUUGGCUGGGCUACGUGAACAGCGCCGUGAAUCCCAUCAUAUACACCACCUUUAAUGUGGAGUUCAGAAAGGCAUUCAUUAAGAUCUUGCACUGCUAAACGGCAGCAUCCCUUGUCCGAUCAGACUGAGGGAAGAAUGAUGAAGCGAAGCAUCUCUUCUGGAAAAUACCUCAUCCUGUUAAGGAAAAUGCACCACAGGGGGAAACUGCAACGUGCUUUUUAAAGAUAUGGAGCUGAGUGACUGACAGUGUCUUAUUGCAAGGCAUGUUGGCUCUAUAUGUGAAUUGUUUGUGGAGUCCCUGUUCUCCAAUUCACUGAAUGUAAAACAAGGAAUGUCUGUAACAAUGACCUGUUUCAUGGCGAAAAGAAAAAAAAUGUAACAUUGUUCUCUAGAAUCAUUGUGCUUGUCACGUAAGGAGCCAUCUGUGUAUACCACACACAUACAAGUUGCAAACUGCUAUAUAUUGUGUGUGUAUGUUAUGUUUUGAUGAUGGAAAUAUUCUGCAAAUCUUAUUGAUAUCAAGUCAGUGUUCAUCGCAGUGUUCAAACUGAUACGUGAGCUCUUAAUCUUUAAUCUAAUCUUAAAAUUAUUGAUUGGAAUGUGUGUCAAAUACAAGAGACAAUUUACUUGCUGUUUAAUGUGGCUAUGCCAAUAUCCACAUAUUUGCAAUUUUAUAAAUUGAAAAAUCAUGUUAUUAUUAUUACUAUAUUAUUAUUAUUAUUGUCAUUUGCUGUACAUAGUCUUUC